AUGUCAUCUGAAUCUUCGACUGGAAUCAGAUGUCGAACGGCAGCAAGACGAGUAUAUUUUGAAAAGGAACGAAAGGAUUAUGCUUCAAUUUCUGAAUAUGCUCAAGAAGUUAGAAAAUAUGCAAAUGCAUAUCGUCAAUGGGAAAUGACGUGUCACGAAAUUCAACAGCAACAACAAUGGAGUCAAUAUGUUAGUUUUAUUUUCAUAUUUUAAAUUUAAUAGGUUGGUUAUUUGUAUUUUUGUAGGUUACUGGACAAAAUCCCCAUUCACAACCACAACCAAAUCCACAUAUUGCUGCUCAGGCUCAUUUUGGACCAGAAACUGUUGUUAAUUUUGAGUGAGUUGUUUUCCUUGCUUUUUUUCAAAUGAAAUGAUGAGAUUUUCAGACCAGCUUCAAUUAUUCGUCGAGUUUGCGCUGAAACUGUCGAUUUUUUGAUUUGCCUAUUCUUGAAACUGCUGGUGGCAUUGUUUUUGAUUGAAAUGGAGUUGAUGUGAGUUUUUGAUAGGUGGGGUUAAUUGGGAACAAAAUGAUUUGAAGCUGAAAAGGUUUAUCAGAUGGCGUAUCCUUUGAAAAUAUUAUUACAAUAAUAUUCUAAAACAUUUUGAACAAGGCCCCACUUUUAUCAUUAUGAUACCUUGAUUUUUCAUUGGAAUUGGGAUGAAUCGUAUUUUCAUUAGAAGUUUUGAAUUACAGAAAACAGUUUUGAUUUUGGAAAACUGAAUCUGAUUCAAAAUUUUGCAUAAAACUCUUUGAUUUUAUUCUGAUUUAAAUUCAAACAUUUAUUGAUUACAAGAUAGGUGUGUGAUACCGAUUGUUUUCAGUGACAUUGAUACGUUUCAAAAAGUUAUGGAUGAUGAAUCGGAUAUUGUGGAAUUCAUGAUUGUCACUCAAGCUUUGUUACCAAUUGAAAUGGGGAGCAAAUUCGUUUGUGCUAUUUUGGAAGUAAGCAUUUUCUUGUUGAAUACUUCAGUCAAAAUGUUCAUAUUUUCAGGCAUUGAUAAUGAUGAUUGAUAUUGGACCAUGUAAAAAAGGACAAACUCCAGGAAAAUGGAUCACCGGAAUUCGUGUAAUUGCAGCUGAUCGCAUCAGCGAUUCAAACAUUCCUAAUUUUGUGCAAGUUCAUAAUCCGAAAGAGAUAAGCUUGAAACAGUUAGUUUUUGAUUAUUUUUUGCCCAAUUGAAAUCCAAAGACUUGUUUUUUUCAGAUCAUUUGGUCGAUCGAUUUUCAAAAACAUUGUAGUCAACAGCUUGUUCCCAUUCACAACUCUUGCAUUCAAUAUGUCGUUGACUCGUUCUUUGUAUGAUUCUAUGUUAAAAACCAUUGUAGUUAUGAGUUAGUUCAGAUUCUUUUUAACGAAUGUAUAUUUCUUGUACACUUGAAAUUAAUAAUUUAUUUUGAAUUUGAUAAAAUACAUCAUAGAUAUAAUCAAAAACAUAUACAGUUUGUGAAUAAAGUUGAAAUUUAAACAUAGAAGCAACACAACUUGGCGGAUCUACACAGUUUAUUGAAGUUUCCAUCUCUGUACCCAAACAUCUAACCGUAAGUUUUGCGAGCUGACACAAUUUCAAGCGUGAGAAAAAAUAUUAAAAAAAAAGAUUCAGCGAAAAAAUCUUCUUGAUCUACUUCAAAAGCUUAUGAAAACAACCUAUUUUAACGAAAAUAUAUUUGAACAUUUUUUGGCGCUGUGGAUUUCAUAACACUUUUGAAAAAACAAUAUUUGGGUCCUUCCUCCCCAAUUAUUGAUCACAAGAUUUUUCUAGAACUGUGGAAAAAAACAAUGACUCAUAUUAUAGGAGGCAGAGUUAUGCAAUAGUUUCAUUCUGUUUUUCAUUCGCAUUAUGUUUCGAAAAUCUUUCUCAUUUUUUUUCGUUAUUUAUCUGAAAAUUUUCUUUAAAUUAAAACAAUGCACUAGCACAUUUCAUUUUUCAAGAGUAAAGGUAGAUCGGUAUUUGAGUGCCCAGGAAAAUAGUACACUGCGGAUUGUUUUAUGUUUAUGGGAGUAUUUUUGAUUACAAUAGUAUGUGUCAGUAUUUUCAGAAUUCACAAUUUUUUAAUCACAAAUCCCUCUUUCGAAUCUCUCAUUUUUCAUUUCGAUGCAAUGCAAUGAGUAAAAGCUUUGCGGUCCUAUUUUUGAAGAAAAUAUCCGUAUUUUAAAAAUAGUCAUUGCUCAAAAUUUCUUCAUGUAUUUGUCGCUAUCUCAUACAACUAGAAAUUAAAAUUGAAUCACUUUCCAGUUUCCAAAAUGGCCAACAACAUUGGUUUGUUUUCCAAGAAGACUGUCGAUGAGAUAGAAUUGAUUGAAAAAGGUUAGCUUUACGAAAAUGCUAGAUUUAUUUUAGAAUGUUAUAUUUUCAGAUGUAUCAAAAGCAGGGGAUUCGACUAUGCAUGACAAUCAUAAUGCAACUAUUCUUGACAUUGAUUCGAUCAAUGACGAAGAAAUUGAUGAUGUUGUUGAGACAGGUAGCGAAUUCAUUCAAAAACAAACAAUUAAUAACUUUUUUAAUUUCAGCAUCUUCAGAGAACAGUGACUUUGAGGAUCCAACUAUCGAUAUCGAUGAUACAACUGGACUUUUGGAAGGUAGAGUUUUUUUUUCAUAUUGGCAGAAUAAAUAAUCUAGAUGAUUUUUCAGGCAUUUCAAAUGACAAUAACAAUGUUCAAUUGUUGAUCAAGAAGAUUGCAAAGAGUCUUUUGGUUUUUGCAACAGCUUUUCUUAUUUUUUACAUCUUCGUUUUCUAA